AUGCAUGCGCAUCAAGCAAUGAUAAUGCAGCAGCAGGGUGGGAUGGUUGCUUUCCAGGCUGUGAAUCCGUGGCUCUCGACGCAGCAGCAAGGGAGCAAAGAAGAGCAUAAACCAGGCUAUGCUGGUGGGGCUAGGAGAAGCACAUUUGGUGCUACUGGUAGUGAAGGCGGAGUGAGGAGCACAACUGGUGCUGGUGAUGAAGUUGGAGCUUAUGGGAGCGCAGGUAGAGCUAGUGGGAGCGCAGGUAGAGCAAGCAGUUCAGGAAAUGAGUCAACGCAGGAGCCAGUGGAGGAGGAAGAAGCCCAAAUAGUUCCGGAAAUCGACACCAGUGCACUUGCUGCAAUCACAGCCUUUCCCACUGCUUCUCCACUUGCUGCUUACAGCAGUUCUGAUACAGCUCCUGCCCCUCCAACUCCUCCUCCUGAUGUUGCUGCUGCUAUUCCAGUUGCAGGCUGUUUCCGACCCUUUGGAGGCAAUGUUUCAGUACCCUCAUACUUCGCUGCACCACCCUCGACAUCAGUCCAGCAGGGGAAAAGGCACAAGGCACAGCACGCAGUAACAUUAGGCCACCAACAGCAGCAGCAGCAGCAGCAGCAGCAGCAGCAGCAUGGCCAGUACCAGCAGCAUCAGAUGCUUCAGCAGCACCUGCCUCAGCGGCAAGGAAUCUGUCACACCGUCCCUCUACCACUUCAGGCUCCCCUUCAAGGCGCCAACCAGUAUGAAACGCCCUCUCAUGCCUCCUACACCCAGUUGUUGCAAGGGGCGUUGGAGGGACACGGCGAGCAAGGGAGGUUAGACGUGAGUAGCUCGGGUGACAGUCUGCUGCAUUCCAGUGUGUGGGACAGAGGUGCGGCAGAGGUUUCUGGAGGAAGGAUGGAUGGAGAGAGGAAAGGAGGAGGAGAAAAUGGCGGGGUCGGUGGUUUGGAGGCGAUUUUUCGGCUCACCAGCACGUAUGGAGGAGCACGGGGUUCUGGGAUGGUGCACAGAGAAGCUGUCUUGCCGGGACGGGUGGGAGUUGCAACAGCAGGAGUGGCAGCAGCAGGGGUGGCAGCAGCAAGGGUGGCAGCAGCUUCUGUGAGAGCUGGAUUAACCAGGGAACAAUCAACUGAGGAAGAUUUAACUGGGGAAGAAUUAACUGGGGAAGAAUCAACUGGGGAAGAAUUAACUUGGGAAGAAUCAACUGGGGAAGAAUUAAGUGGGGAAGAAUCGACUGGGGAAGAAUUAAGUGGGGAAAAAUCAACUGGGGAAGAAUUAACAGGGGAAGAAUCAACUGGGGAAGAAUUAACUGGUGCAGGUGUUAUGGCAGUAGGGGGUGGGGUUUCAGUGGCAGGGGUAACUGCAGCAGCGAUUGGAGGAGGGGACCUGCUGACAUCGCUAGAUGGGUUGGAGCUAGCAGAUUUAGAGGCGCUUCUACUGAAUGUGGAGGGAGAGUUGGAAUUUAUCAGCAGCAGCAUGGUCAGCGAGUUCAGCCAGCCUCACAGCCAGCCUCCUAGUAGCAGCACUGUCUGCACCAUUGAGCCCAUUAGCAGUGGCAUGGCCAUCAGCCAGCCGCCUGAGGGACUGGCACCAUCCGUGGCAAUGGGAUCAUCUUUAUUUACGCCCAUGCAUGGUGGGUCUGAAGGCUCGUUUGCAUCAGAGGAGGGGUUUGCUGCGGUCAUGGCUGCUUGUCACACUGCCAGUGCCACUGGUAGCAGCGACCGCAUGUGUUCUAAGAGGCAAGGUGCUCUGUUGCUGCCAACAACAAUUCUCCCGGCUCUGGGAAGUGUGUCACUGGAUCGGACACAGGCAGAUGGAGCAGCAGAAGCAGGAGAUAAAUCAGUGGUAUCAGCAGCAGGAGAGGCAAGGGCUGCAACUGCAGGCAGGAUUGUUGAUGUAUCUGGGGAUUCACAAAUGGGGAAUCUGGGAUUGAGCAGUAGUAAGGGCACUGGAAGGAAGCUCUCUCCCAAAAGGAGUCGUGAAGAGGGCGGCUGA